AUGUGAAGCCCAARCCUGAGGCGGCGCUUCAAAGCGGAGAGCAUCCGGGACAAGAGCACAUAAAUGGAAACUCUGCUAAUGAUAUGGAAGAGCUGGAGGASGAUGAUGACUCCGACAGCAGCAGUCCCCCACUUCCCUACCUGCAAGCUCCGGCACCAGAUGGCUGCUGCACGCUUGAUGGGUUCUGUCAGGCCGGAAAGGACCUCCGUCUGGUCACCAUUGCAGCAGAGUCCAUUGAAGUCCCAGCAGGCUUCGAGCUAGUCGGCGCYAAGUCCCCCAGCAUCCCCGAGCACAUCCUGGUGUGUGCUGUGGACCGCCGCUUUUUGCCCGACGAGAAUGGGAAAAAUGCACUUUUAGGCUUUUCCGGAAACUGCGUGGGCUGUGGGGAGAAGGGCUUCAGAUACUUCACGGAGUUUUCCAAUCACAUCAACUUGAAGCUGUCCACGCAGCCCAAGAAGCAGAAGCACUUAAAAUACUACCUGGUGAAGAACUCUCAGGGUGCUCUGUGCAAAGGACCCCUCAUCUGCUGGAAAGACAGUAAAACCCGUCAGUUUUCCAGCGGCGCGUCGGCCCCCAAACCAAACUUGUCUUUGUCUCUGAGCUGCAAAGAAAACAGUGGAGCCAGUGGCCACAGCUCGUCUCCCUUCUCCCUCUCAGAUUCCCCACCCACCAGGAUGGCACAAGCGUCCUCUGUCUUCUUUGGCAGUCAGGAUGUGGGAAGAGACUGCAGUUUCCUCAAACCUCUCGCCUCCACUCCUGGAAACAAGACCCUGCCAAUAGUCCCCACGGCUCUCCGGGUGAGUGGGCCAACUAAUAGCCUGGGUGUUGAUGUUCAUCCUUCCUUACUGAGCCCCUCCCACGUCUCCAUUGGGCCUCAGGGUCAGGGGUAUCGCACUGCUGAUUUAGGAGACAGCCCCGUAUYGUCUGCUAUGAACUCCGGCCCUCCAAAGAAGCGUCAUCGCAGCUGGCAUCCCAGCUCACUGGUCCCCGUCCCACCAACAGCUGUCCCCGUGCCCGCCAUUCGACCAAUCCCUUGCUCUCCAGGUCCGGUUUUAGCAGUUUCCUCUCCUCAGCCGCCGGUGACGGGCGUCAUUCAGCCUCAGCCCGUCUCCGCCGGAGACACUGUCAUCAUCCCCGAGAACCUGCUCAACACUUCAGGAGUUCGCCCUGUCAUCCUGAUCGGUCAUGGCACUUUACCUUAUUUCUAUGGGAAUGUCGGCAACAUAGUAGUGAGCCCCCUGCUGGUCAGUUGCUAUAAGAGCAGCCAGCUGACAGACAAAACCCUGGAGACACUGGGCCUCCACAGCAGUCAGCUACCCAGCGUGGAGACAAUGAUMCUGCUUACUUUACAGUACCUUGCACGUUUAGGUUCCGAUCAGAUUCCUCUGAGGGAGGAGCUGGAGCAGAUCCUCCUGAAGGCCAUGUUGUGCUGUCCCGGCGGUCCCGCCAUCGCCCCCUCCCAGCUCCCGUGGCUGGCCCGGCUGGAGGCGAGCGUCUCCGGGGGCAGCGUCCGAGUGGUCGUCGCCCACAACUCCUUGGGGGAAGGCAUUUCGGAGUCCCUGCGGUUCCUCAGCGAGCGCCCCCACCCGCAGAAGUGCCUGCCGACCUACGUGGUCAUUAUUUGUGCCUCGAAGAUAAACGGCAACGAGUUCUGCGUGCUCGUUUUGGGAAAGUACCAAGCACGUGCUUUAGCUGAAGGCAUGCUGACAACCAACGAGUUUCUGAAGGAAAUAAGCUAUGAGCUCAUCACAGGAAAAGUCAGCAUCUUAGCCUCUCACUUCAAAUCCACUUCUCUUGGGGACAAUCUUGACAAGCAGCUUGUACGAUACCAGCGCAGACGGAAAGGACAGGUCGUCCAGCCCUUUCAGGGCGACAUCACUGAUCACAUUCACUCCCAGGAGGCCGCCAGCAUGUCGCCACCGGCAGACACAGCAGCAGAGCUUCUAAAUAAGGUCUUUCAGAUCUAUCCGUCCCAGCUGACUGUGGCUCGCAGCCUCCUCUCUCAGGUCUGCUCCAUCGCAGAUUCGGGGACCCAGAACCUCGACCUGGGCCGCUUUUGUAAAGUGGACUUCCUGGUUCUGGUCCCCCCCUCUCACGUUCUGGUGCACCAGACGGCACAGCGCAUCCGACAAUCAGGAGUGCUUGUCGACCUGGGUAACGAAGAUGCCUUCACAGCUCACCAAAGAGCAGAGAAGUACGUGGUGCGACUGGAUGCCGACGUUCACGCCAAGGUGGAGGCUUUCAUGAAGAAAGUCAAGCAGAACCCCUACACCCUGUUUGUCCUCAUUCACGACAACUCGCACGUCGACCUCACAAGCGCUUUGUCUGGCUCUGUGUGUCACGGGGAGCUGCAGGGUCUAGCUGACCGGGUGGUGAACUGCCAGGAAGUCCUGGACGCCAUCAACCUUUUGGUCCUGCAGGUCAGCUGCUUCCCUUACACCCUGCAGACUCGCCAGUCCCGCAUCAGCAUCCACAAUGAAAUUCACUGGCCGUCCGGCGAGAGCCUGCAGAGGGAGCAGUCCCCCGACGACUUGGUCUACUUUGGUCUGAGGGACUACAGCAGCUCCCUGCAGUGGGGCGUGGCCAGCCCCAUCCUGCGCUGCGACGACGCCUUUGAGAAGAUGGUCCAGACUCUGCUGAAGAGACACCCGCACCUACACAGCACGGUGAUCCGCAGCUACCUGCUGAUUCAGCAGUACACCGAGGCCAUGAUGGCUCUGACCUCGUCCCCGUCCCUGAGGGACCACAUAACCCCCGAGACCCUGGCCAUGGUGGAGGACCUGAUCAGCGCGCCGAGCCGCGAGGGCUCGCACGGCCGCGGCCACAUGCUGCUGGUCCGGGUGCCCUCGCUCCAGCUGGCCAUGUUGGCGCGCGAGAGGUUAGAGGACGUCAGGGACAAGCUGGGCCUCCAGCUGUGCUUCGCCGUGCUGCUGGGAAGUCCGGCCUCUGAACUCAGCCUGUCCAAAAACUUCAUCGGCCUCCUCAAGACAUGGCGUGGCUGUGAGAACGAAGAGUGGGUGCCACACACAUAUGAAGAUCUGGAAGGGUUACCCUGCAUCGUUAUUCUCACAGGGAAAGACCCUUUAGGAGAAACUUUCCCCAGGUCUUUGAAAUACACCGACCUGCGUCUGAUAGACUCCAGCUACCUGACUCGGACAGCCCUGGAGCAGGAGGUGGGYCUGGCCUGCACCUAUGUGUCCAUGGGCGUGGUCCAAGAGUCCAGGACGGCCAUGGCUCCUCGGGAGUCAGACGGCGAGAAGAGCACCAUCAGCCUGAACGACGGAGACGAGCUGGAGAGGCCUCAGAGCAAUGGCAGCGCUGCGACCAGAGCGUCCG